AUGCAAGAGAUGGUCGACAAUGUUCUUCGUCGCCACGCUGAACAAGAAGCAAACGAUAGUCAUUAUGAAGAGCCUCCAAAUGAAACCACUCAGAGGUUUUUCAAUUUACUGACAGAGGAAAAUCUACCUGUAUUUGAAGGUUCAACUGAGUCAAAAUUAUUAGUGUGCAUUAGACUCAUGGCUGGCAAAUCUAAUUGGAACGUGCCCAUUGAAGCAGCGGACUUUUAUACAAAAUUGAUCUCAUUUCUUGUAGCUGAGCAAGUCGCAGAAGGAAAUGCUUCUGCUAGAAUACACUCUGAGUUUUCCCAAUGGUUUAGAAAUCAGCUUGUUACCCAUGCAGUACACCCUUCUCCUACUCCUGCAGCACAUCCUUCUACUACCCCUACAGCAGACCCUCUUCCUCCUCCUGUGAUUAUAACCCCCUCUCCUCCCCCUGUGAUUAUAACCCCCACUCCUCCCCCUGUGCUUAUUACCUCCACUCCUCUCCCUGACCCUACUUUUAUACCUUCCUCAUCUUCUAUACCGUCUUCUGAGACUGUCACACCAUUCGCUAAUCCAGAUUCAAGUGGUGAUGGUGAAGGUAUUGACCCACCCAUGGCUGAUCGACCACGGAUUGAGCCGUAUGGUAAAGGGUAA